UGAGUAUGUGUAAUGAAAUUAAUUACUUAUUUGAUAAUUGGAAGAUAACAGAUAAGCACAUUUAAUAUAAAAGAGUUUGUUAGAUCACGCAGAACACAGCCUAGGCACACCAACAAUCAUGCGCGCCGUCAUCCUGUUAGCCCUUUUGGGCUCCGCACUCGCGGUCCCCAAAUCCGUCAACCGCAUUGUGGGCGGCAGCGCCACCACUGUGGAGGCCUACCCAUACAUGUCCAACAUGCAGUAUGGUUUCUGGGGCAUCUGGUGGUACCAGGCAUGCGGCGGGUCUCUGCUAACCUCCACCUCCAUCCUCUCAGCUGCUCACUGUUACUUCGGUGACUCACCUCUGGAGUGGAAUGUGCGCCUGGGCACGUCCCUGGCGUCCAGCGGCGGUACCCUUCACACCGUGUCCCAGUUGGUGCUGCACCCGCAGUACAGCAGCGCCACCCUGGACCACGACGUCGCCAUCGUCCGCCUCACCGUCCCCGCCACCUUCUCCAACUCCAUCCAGCCCGCCAGCAUCCCCGGCAGCAGCUACUCUCUUCCCGACAACACCCUGCUGACCACUGUUGGAUGGGGAGCACUCUCGAGCGGCGGUGGAUUCCCUCAGCAGCUGCAGCACGUUGACAUCAACCUCAUCAACCAGGAGCUCUGUGCUGAGCGUUACGCCUUCCUGAAGACCCAGCCUGGUUACCAGAACUGGCCCGACAUUACCGACAACAUGUUGUGCGCUGGUAUCUUGGAUGUCGGCGGCAAGGACGCCUGCCAGGGAGACUCCGGCGGUCCCCUCGCUCACAAUAGCAACAUCAUCGUCGGUGUUGUGUCCUGGGGCUUCCAGUGCGCUGAUCCCUUCUACCCUGGUGUCAACGCCCGCGUGUCUCGCUACACUGACUGGAUCAUUGCUAACGCCUAAAAUAAGAAACAUUGUUUCUCACUAAAAGAAUCUGCUAUUUAUCGACUUCUAACUGAACGUGAAGUUGUAUAUGUUUGUAAAUGUUUUUCCAUGACAGAAAAAAUAUAAGCUAUAAUUAAAAAUUUA